UAUUCUUAUCUCACGAUAUUAACCCGCUAAAGAGAAUUUAUUUUUUGAAAUAAAGUGGUGAUUUUAUCGCAACGCACAUCAGCAUAUAUAGUACGAGUUAACAAUUAGUAAUUUGAAAAUUGUAAGUUAGAGUACAAAGUUGUAAAUUUUAACUUGAGACAAUGGUGAGAUUACAUGUAAAGAAAGGUGAUGAGAGCCAAUUUUUGUACGAUACGCAUGUAAAUGCGAAUAUAGACGAUGUAGUGCGUGACAUCGUGGCUAUUUACAACGGUCGUUUAAAGAUAUCCAGAAUAUGUUAUGAAAUUGAAGAGCUGGCUAAGCAUGGCACGAUGUUACCUCCUGACAUCAUCGGUCUUACUGACGAACAAGUCGAAGAGCUUAAGCUUAAAGACGAAUGGGGUGAAAAAUGCAUACCCAUGGGUGGCUGGACUUUUAACAAAGACAAAAUCGAUCGCAGAAAUGGAAAGAUGCCUAAUGAAAAAAUGCAAGAAAUAUUAACAAAAGCCAUUGAGGAUGUAAAAAUUAUAACAUCAAAAAAAUUAGUACAAGAGGAGAAAUUAGUUACACAGAAAACAGUUCAAGAUGCUUUAGAUAUCUUAAGAGGAGCUGUAAUGAUUGUUUACCCAAUGGGACUACCGCCACACGAUGUAAUACGUAAAGAGUUUGAAAAUACUGAGACAUUUAAUAAUACUCAAGCAUCUCUCGAGAUAAUCGACGCGCAAUUAGCUCAAUUAUGGUUUUCUGGAAAAGAAUUGUUACCGGGAAAGAAGAUAAAAGAUUUUUUGGGAAAUAAUGAAAAAACUAAAGUAAUUGUGAAGUUACAGAAGAGAGGAUCUGGUAAACCUGCGAGAGAGCUAUUGAUGUCAGAAGAUGAACGAAAACAAUUGAUGUUACACGCCUAUCGUCGUCAGGAAGAAUUAAAAAAACUUGAGCAACAGGAUGACGACGAAUAUCUUAAUUCGUCCUGGGCCGAUAGCAGCAGUCUGAAACGACAAUUUCAAGGUUUAAAUAAUAUCUCGUGGAAACCACAUUAAAAACAAUGCAGUUAUACGUUCUCACAAAGAGGUAAAGGAGAGGACACACAAGGAGAGAAGAGUAAAAAUGGAAACAACAAUUACGGUUUGAUAAAACAAAAUGCAGAAAUUGGCAGUGGUGAGUAAUUUGCACACUUUAACAUUUUGUUGCGCAGAUUGUGUAGCGCGAUUGUUUACAUGUUUCGGAAACAUGUGUAAGUUGGAACACAAAAAUUGCAUUUCUCUCUCUCUCUCUGUUAAAACAAUGA